AUGGAGGACAGUGGAAAUCAUAGAAUCACAUUUCAAUUAGGGUGGUCAACUGCAAUUGCCUGUUUGAGUACAUUGCAAUUUGGUUUUCAUUUGGCCGAGUUAAAUGCACCAGAAUCAGUGAUAACUUGUGCAAGUCAUAAGGUCGGUCCGCUCCCGUCUUAUUCUGAUACUUUUUGGUAUAAGCAUGGUUUCGAAAGUUGUAUUCCCAUGCCAAAUGGGAUUGCUACGACUACUACAAUGUUCACCAUUGGUGGGCUUAUAUCGUCAAUAAUACUAGGUUCCAACAAGGUAUCAACGAAUUUUGGAAGAAAGUUCAUAUGCAUUACGAAUUCGAUCUUUUACUUAGUUGGAUCGUUGCUUAUGGCUUUAUCCAAUUCAUCAUUGCAAAUAAAUAUAGGAAGAUUUCUUAAUGGAAUUGGAGCUGGUCUGUCGUUAGUUAUUUCCCCCAUAUUGAUAAACGAAUUGACUCCGAUAAACCAUCGAGGAUUUUUAGGUUCGUCUUUACAAUUGGCAGUUGUCUUGGGUAUUUUGCUUGCGCAAGUAGUAUCUUAUAAUUGGUCGAAUGAUCAACAGUGGAGGCACAUAUUCCUCUUUGCAAGUGGCCUUGCGGCUUUUCAAUUUCUCAUGUUAUUUACUACUGUUGAAUCUCCUAAGUGGUUAAUACUUAACCAAGGAGAUGUACGCAGUGCUACGUCAAUUUUGCAUGGCUUAAGAACAGAUAAGAGCAAAAUUAAAAAGGAAAUAAACCACUGGAGGCGAUUAUCGAAUACAGUGGAAAAUGCGGACUACGAACCUAUUGAAUCUACUUCGCUAUUGAGGCAUACUGAUUCCAUGCCCCUAAGUUCUCCUGCGUCAGAAAAUGGGUCUUUGGAAAAUGGUCACGUAACUACGGGUCAAUUCUUAACUAGCAAAGAAUAUAGGAAGGAACUUCGGGCAGUGACUACUGUCAUGACAGCACAACAGCUCUGCGGAAUGAAUGCCCUUACAUUCUAUGGGGUGUCAAUCCUCUCCAAUGUGGUUCCUAAAGAUACAAAUGUGCUAACUCUUACAUGUUCGUUGUCUUUUUGCAAUGUGGUUUCAGCACUAGUUGCAGCCCCAUUAAUUGAUAGAUUCGCUAGAAAGUCAUUGCUAUUAACCUCGAUUGGGGGUAUGGGGCUUUCAUCUUUGGCAAUAGCUUUCGGUCUAGUCCAUGACCAUGACAUCUUAGCAACUAUCUCGUGCUUUGCUUUUAUAAUUAGCUUUUCAUUAGGCUUAGGUCCCGUCCCAUUCAUAAUUACACCAGAAUUCACAGACCAUGAUUCAGUUGGUCCUGCUUUAUCUGUGGGGUCUGCUAUGAAUUGGUCUACUAAUAUCCUACUUGCUUAUCUCUUUCCAAUUGCUCAAAAUUACAUUGGGGGUAAUGUUUUCUACGUUUUCUUUCUUAUUAGUAUAGUUUAUCUUAUUUGUGUAUUGCAAUUGGUUCCAGAAACACUAGGCUAUGAUGCCCAUGAGAUGAUCUGGAAUAAUUUCGCUUGA